GAAUUAAAUGACGCACUCCCACAUGUCAGGCAAGUUUACUCGCCAAAUAAACCCCAGAAUAAACAAAUUACAAACAAACGUCUUCAGAAAAAUCACCGUUCCGAUCAUUCUGUGCGUCUAGACCGCUUGUGCUUGUAUACGUCGCCCGUAAAAAUACUCCCUCGCAAUCGCAACAGUACGGCCGCGCAUUGCCGUGAAGUUAGUAGUCGACGGCGGUCCGGGACAUGGUUGUGACAGUUGUGUGCUUUUGACUGUGGAACAAGUGCGUCACAAACGGAACGUUGCUUUGUUUUGGGUACUGGCGACAGGCAAAUAUGUAAUAGAAUUUGGUAUCUUCGUGACAAACGGGAAGGGUUCUAUCAGCCGGAGAAUAAAAGAACAAGUGAUGUAUUUGCAAUGUGAGAGAUCAGUUCAAAGCAAUUAUGUUUGGUGCAGUGAUGUGCUUCAAAGAAACGCCAAAAAUUACCAUGCUAUAUAAGUUAGAAAUUUGGAAACAUAGUAAAUGGAGAACUUUCAAUAAAAUUAGAUAAUAAUAACAACAAUAAAAGAAAAGCCUAAAACAUUCCUUUAAUACAUUGUGCCAUAACUUUUUAACUCAAUUUAAAAGUAUUCAAUCACUAAGUCAAUACUAAAUGUAAUUAUUUAAACAAAAUGGGAGAUGACUUGAGGCCCCUCAUAGGAAAUGCAAGAAAUCACCAUAACGACUCAAUAUUAAGGCAAAUCAUCAAUUGGCUCCUACGACCAUCUAGUUUAAGGAAAUGUGUGGUUGCUAUUAUUGUGCUCACUGUAGUGUUAAUUAUUUUUUAUAAUCAACAAAUUCGCUCACCAUACAUUACAAAAUUUAUACAACACACCAGACCGGAACCGAACAUACGAUGCGGCGUGAUAAACGGGCCACGAAUUUUACAAAACCACGACCACAAGACAGAAGCCCGCUUACGAAGUUACCCAAAAGUGCUCGUGUUCGUCGAAACUGCCUAUUCGACUUUGGGCAAAGACAUUGCGGAACUCCUGGUGCAUACCAGAAUAAAAUACAAAGUGGAGGUUACGGGUAAGAGCCUGCCGGUGCUGACGAAUCUGGACAAGGGCCGGUACGGCAUCGUCGUAUUCGAGAACUUCAACAAGUACCUGCAGAUGGACAACUGGAACCGCGAACUGCUCGACAAGUACUGCCGCGAAUAUUCGGUCGGGAUAAUCGGCUUCAUCACGCCGGACGAAGAGACGGUGGUCGGAUCGCAGCUGAAGGGUUUCCCGUUGUUCAUUCACAACAAUUUGAAACUGAAGGACGCCGCUUUGAAUGCGGCUUCGCAAAUAUUAAGGCUGACUAGGGCGGGCGAGACGGUGUGGGGUGAGUUGCCCGGCAGCGAUUGGACGGUGUUUAAGGCCAAUCAUUCCACGUACGAGCCCCUGGAGUGGGCCCACCUGAACGACAACUAUGCACCAACGGAAGAAAGUGGAGUAAAAGUUCCCCUCCCAACCGUUAUUCAAGAUCACGGGUUGUACGACAACAUCCAACGCGUGAUCUUCGGUUCGGGUUUGAAGUUCUGGUUGCACAAGCUGUUGUUCCUGGACAGUUUGAGCUAUUUGAGCCACGGGCAGCUCAGCUUGUCCCUGGACCGACUCCUGUUGGUUGACAUCGACGACAUAUUCGUCGGGGAAGUGGGCACGAGACUGAGAACGGAAGACGUGAUGGCUCUAAUACACACCCAAGAAAGACUGGCCAGUAUGGUGCCUAAUUUUAAAUUUAAUUUGGGAUUUUCCGGCAAGUACUUCCAUCACGGCAACAAGGAGGAGAACAAAGGCGACGAUUUGAUCCUACAAAACAUCGACAAGUUCAUGUGGUUUUCGCACAUGUGGAACCAUCAGCAGCCUCAUCUGUACGACAACCUGACCUUGCUGAUUGAGGAUAUGAACAGCAACAAGAAUUUUGCCAAAUCUAAAGGUAUACCAACUGACUCCGGUUACUCCGUGUCACCGCAUCAUUCCGGGGUGUAUCCCGUACACGAACUGUUGUAUGUUGCCUGGAAAAAGAUUUGGAACAUCCGGGUGACAUCGACCGAAGAGUAUCCCCAUCUUCGUCCAGCUAGAUUGCGCAGGGGAUUUAUUCAUAAAAAUAUUAUGGUGCUGCCACGACAAACGUGCGGAUUAUUCACUCAUACAAUGAUGAUUGACAGGUAUCCAGGUGGGAGAGAUAAAUUGGAUGAAUCAAUUCAAGGAGGGGAAUUAUUCCAAACCAUAGUGUAUAAUCCAGUGAACAUUUUUAUGACGCACAUGUCCAAUUACGGUAACGAUCGUCUGGCUCUUUACACUUUCGAAUCUGUCAUUAAGUUCAUCCAGUGCUGGACCAACAUCAAACUUAAAUCAGCUCCUCCGCUGCAGCUUGCGGAGACUUACUUUAAACUGUAUCCAGGCGAAACUGAUCCUAUCUGGGGUAAUCCUUGUGACGACGUGAGGCAUCAAAAGAUCUGGUCGCGGAACAAGUCGUGCGAUUCCCUACCCAAAUUUUUGGUGAUUGGGCCUCAGAAAACGGGGACCACUGCACUGUACUCAUUUCUUGCACUUCAUCCUGCCAUUGCCAGUAAUAUACCUAGUCCAGACACUUUUGAAGAGAUCCAGUUCUUCAACGCCCACAAUUAUCUUCGAGGGCUGGAUUGGUACAUGAACUUUUUCCCGACGGAAGCCAACUCCUCGGCCCACUACUACUUCGAGAAGAGCGCCACCUACUUCGACGGGGAGCUGGUGCCGAAGCGGGUCCACGCCUUGCUUCCGCACGCCAAGCUGGUUACCAUCCUCAUCUCGCCGGCGAAACGCGCCUACUCCUGGUACCAACACACAAAAGCGCACGGCGACAUAAUCGCCAACAACUACAGCUUCCACCAGGUGAUAACGGCCGGCGACUCGGCCCCCAAGCCUCUACGGGAUCUCAGGAACAGGUGCCUGAACCCGGGCAAGUAUGCCCAACAUUUGGAACGGUGGUUGUCGUACUUUACUCCGCAGUCACUACAUAUUAUUGACGGUGAGGCGCUGAAGAGCAAUCCGGUUGAGGUGAUGAACGACCUACAGAAGUUCCUGAAGAUCAGCCCUUUUUUCAAUUACACCGAACACUUACGGUUUGACCCCAAGAAAGGAUUCUUCUGUCAAGUAGUGAAUGGAGACCACACAAAAUGUUUGGGGCGUAGCAAGGGUCGCCUAUACCCACCCAUGGAAGACAAAUCAUUAAAGCUCCUCCAGAGAUAUUAUUUGAGCCACAAUACAGCUCUAGUAAAGUUGUUUAAAAAGAUUGGCAUGAAGAACAUCCCCAGGUGGCUCAAGGAGGACCUUUCAGACACAUCAUCGUAAUUCCUAAUUGAAUAAUUGUUUCUCAGGUUGUUUUGUUGUACAGUUAAUUUAGAUUUAUUUAAGACUUGUUCAUAGCUUACUUGAAAAAUACUCAAAGUGUAUAUUAUUUCUUAAAAUUAUUUUUGUACUUAUUUUAUUUAAUCUAAAAUUAGUUAUUGAUGUCGUUUCUACAUUCUGAAACAUAUCGCACUUGGCAAUAUUGUCUUAAACUAAUAAGUAUAAUGUUUGUAAAAGUCACCAAACAAAACUUGGUAAGAGUGGUCUUUAAUAACUUUUACCAGUACAUAUCUUUAAUGAGAUGUUAAUGUGCAAUUUAAUUAAUAUAUGAAAUUAAAAUACUACCAGUAUUUCACAUACGAUUAAUAAUAAUGGCCGUAAUAAAUCAGUGAACUGAAAUUCCUUGCAAUAGUUUCCUACGUCCAAAUGAAUUGAGCUUAUUAGUACUUUAAAAUGAAAUAUACUUUUUUCUAAGUAUUGAUGUUUUGUAAUAUACCAAUAAUAGUACAAGUUAUGGAUGUCUAAGUAUUUUUUGUAAGUAGUCAACAAAUUUAGAAUUGAUUGUACAUGUUAUAUCAUCACGUUUCUAAUAAUUGAACAUAUCGAAUGACUGAAUGUAUUACUAAUUGUAAAAAUAAUUAUACCACAAAUGUAGGUAUUGAAACUGCAAUUUCAUAGUUUUGUAUUUAUUAAAUGUGUAAUAGAUAUCUACUUUGUGUUAACCAGCUUGAAGUGUCGAACUGAAAUUAGAUUAAAAAAGUAAUUCGAAGUAAUGUCAAUCGAAUUUUUCAGGCAAAUACUCUCUUAACUGUUUAACAUAGUUUAAUACUUCAUGCCACAAUUUUCCAAUGUACAUAAAUUAUUGUGCCAUUUGUGUAUAUAAUGUUGAAAUUCUAAAUGAUUGUAUAUAUUUUAUCUCAAUAAUUUUAAGUUGCAUAAAACGUAUGUUAUUUACGUGGUAUGUUUUGCGCCUUUAAAUUUCUUUUAACAAUUUUAAUUUCUCAAAUUGUUAUUAAAAAAAUUCAGUUUUUAAACCUCCUUUUAGUUAGGUUCUUCAAUGUUUUAUUGGAACAUGGUAUCUUCUAUUUUUCGGUAAUUUGUAUUUAGAAUUUAAGAGUACCUUUUCAAAUUCUCAAAAUAAAAAUUGCCUAAGAAUUAUGAAACCUAUGUUAUACUAUGUGAGGUCCAAUUUUUUAAAAUUGUAACUAGUUUUUUCUAUUACAUUUUGCUAAAUUUAUAAAAUUUUAUUGCAACUUGAAUACCGGUGCAUGUAUUAUACAUAUACAUAUAUAAUGUUUAAUAUAUUCAUGUAAAUAACAUCUCUGUAAUAGUUGUUAAAAUGAAAAUGACAAUAAAAAUCUAUAAGAAU